CCCAUGAUUCACCGCGAGGCGCGGCUUAAUCAAAAUGGCGACGCCCAGAGGAAAGUCACCGACGUUUUCGCGCAUGGAAAAACACCGUAAUUUGUACAAAAAUACAAGUCCUCAGUCAUGUAUGUGGCGAGAUACUUACAGAAGGCGAUGCUUUGAGAGACUUAAGAACAGCAGGGAAAAUCUCCUACAAAAGUUCCGCGGGAAUGACGCCAGCGCAGAUGGAGCCAGUCCAGGCCGAGGAUCUGUGAUUUGUGAGUUAAUGGAAGAGGAAUGGAAACUGAUGCAGUGGGAAGAGAGACAGGCAAGAGUGGAGAUGAAAUUAACACAUGGGCAAAUGGAUGAUGGUCUUCUGGAGGACCUGAAUAACGAUGUGGUUCUUUCCAUUAUGGAAGAACUUCAAAGAGAGUUAAUCGCAGAAGAGGGCGCCAUUAUUGCAGAAUAUGAAGCCAGUUUACACUUAGCUGAAGCCUCAUUGAGUGCUACGGUGGAACAGCUUAACACUGAUGAACUGCUUUGUCCUAUUUGCAAAAGAAAUCCCCUGAUGUUGAACAAAGGGGUGAUUUUCUGUGCAUGUGGCAUGAGAAUAAAUACCGAACAAGACUGCAUCACCUUAGCCAACGUUAGGCAGCAGUUAGAAAGUGGAGUUGAGCAGCAUAGUGCAUUAUGUCAUGGACAGCCUGUUUUUACUGUCACAGAUGCCCUCAGUGCUCAGAACCUAGUUUUAUCUUGUCAGACCUGUGACUUCCUGUACAUUGUGAUCUGAGAUUACCUUAUGACUGGAUUGACAUCACGAGUUCCCAGGUUACAUGUAUAUUAGAGCUCUAUAAAGAAUUUUCCUGCAAUCCUAAAUUAUUGCUUUGUGAAUUGAAAAGCACAGAGCACAAGCUGAUCAGAUUCAACAAAAGGUGAACAGGUCUAUUAACCUGCUUAUCAGUGCAUGAAAUGAAACAUUUACAUCUAUAUGGAAAUGGAUUUCAAGUAAUCAGGCAACUUUGGUUCCCUCUUUGUAGUAAUUUUCCAUGUUUGUAAGUGAAGUUAUAUAUUUAUAUUUUGAAAGUUUUAUGUUCAUACAUGUACCUGUAAUUGUUGUGUUAAUAUCUAUGUAAAUCUGUUAGACUUUGUUGAAAUUCCAUGUGCAUCAAUGAUUUGUCAAAAUUCAGUAGUUGAUAGGUAUCCAAAUGUUAUGAUUCAUUUGCUUCAAAUGCAAAACUUUUGUUACAUUAUUUAAUUUUAAGCUUUAGCUGUUGUUUAAGUUUAAUAAAUUUUGAAAUAAAAGUGGUAUAUAAAUCUUA